UCAAUUGGUUUUAUUCCCUUACGAGGCAUCUUUGAUAUCCUCUAGGAGCUGAAGUUGAGAAAGAUAUUCGUGUCCAGAAGAGCAUUCUCCGGGCGGUAGGCCAGAUGGAGAUUCGUGCUGAUCUAAUGGAUGCUCAUAUGUAUGCCUUCAAGAGAGCCGUUUUGCAAGAGGUUCUGAAUAAGAAAGAAACUUUUCUGAGCUUGAGGCGCGACGUGUUGCCUUAUCUCGUGAGGAAUCAGCUAAGAUCUGAGUUAUCACAAAAUGGAGUGCUAGCAGAAGAAAAUGGGCAUCAUAAGGAUUUUUCUGAGAGUAGUACAGUUAUGCUGUCACAACUACUGACCAAUGCAUCUACACAAAGUUUUCAUGAACUAUACGCUUUGGGUCCUGAUGGUUCUGCUCCGUCUCCAAGAAAGACUCACAAGUGCUGUGUAUAUAUUGCCAGCAAGAGCAAUUAUUGUGUGCGCUUAAACUCCAUUCAAGCCUUCAGUGACAUAAAUCGAGAUGUCAUAGGUGAUGCAAGUCACCUGUCAGACUAUUCUUUCUCUCCUCAGAACAACAUCAUUCAUCCUACAGCCGUGCUUGGUUCCAAAACUACAGUUGGACCGCAUUGUAUGCUAGGAGAAGGUUCACAAAUGGGUGACAAGUGCAGCGUGAAAAAGUCUGUCAUUGGUCGGCAUUGUCGGAUUGGCUCAAAUGUGAAGGUUGUCAACUCAGUCAUCAUGGACCAUGUCACCAUUGGAGAUGGUUGUUCGAUCCAAGGUUCUGUUAUUUGCAGUAAUGUACAGCUCCAAGAACGUGCUGUACUGAAAGAUUGCCAGGUUGGAGCAGGUUAUGUGGUCUCAGCAGGCAGUGAACAUAAAGGAGAAUCCUUGGCAAAGAAAGAGAAACAAUAACUAUUUAUAUUGGUUACUUACAGUGUGAUCAACGGGACCCUGAUUUCUUUAGGAUUUUUGUUGCUUUGGCCUGCCAAUGAUAUGCUCGUCCAAUGAACUCCAUGUUAACCAAUAGAGCAAAGGCAAUUUUGUUUGGCUUUCUUGCCUUGUCUGAAGAUUUGUUUCCAUAUUAAGUUUUGUUGUUAGGGUGAAUCUGUUGUAGAGUUUACGUGUUUGAAAAUCAAACAGCAGAACUCGACAAUGCUCCAUUUGAUAUGAAAAGUGACUGCGUGCGCUCUCUC